AUGCCUAGAAGGAGUAAUCGGCUAAACCCUAACCGACCAUCAGCACCACCAGAAAUAAACCCUUCAAUAAGUAUAGUGCAACUUGAAGAAAUCAUAGCUCAAAGAAUUGUUGCGGCUCUAUCUAAUGUCACAAGAGAUGGAAUUAGAAAUGAAGGCCAUGUAGGGACCACUAGAACAUGUACCUACAAAGAUUUUAUGAAUUGCAGGCCAAAAAUCUUUCAUGGAAAUGAAGGGGUAGUGAACUUGACAUGGUGGAUAGAAAAGAAAAAAUUUGUCUUUCAAAUAAGCUUUUGUCUAGAUGAUUGUAAUGUACGAUUUGCAACAUGUACUUUCGCUGACGCAUCACUUACAUGGUGGAAUAGCCAUGUGAAUACAAUGGGAAUUGAUACUACUAAUUCCAUGAAAUGGGAGGAGCUAAAAAUGAUGCUAGUAGAGGAGUAUUUUCUUAGGGAGGAAAUACAAAAACUGGAAAAAGAACUGUGGACCCUAACCAUGAAGGGUUCAGAGAUAAAAGCUUAUACCGCUAGAUUUAACGAUCUUGUUGUAAUGUGUCCAACACUUGUGACCCCUGAAUAUAAAAAUAUUGAGCGAUAUAUCUGCGGUUUAGCAUCGCAAAUCAAAGGCAUGGUGAUCGCAUCAAAGCCUACGACUUAUGACGACACCAAGAGGAUAGCUCAUCAGCUAACCCUCACAGAGAUCCAAGGAACAAAAGUCGUCUCAAAGGCUGAGUCUCCCAAAUCUAGAACAAACAAGCGCAAGUUUAAUCAGAAGAAUCCCAAACAAUCAUCUGAGAAAAGACAAGAAGUGGCAACCAACUAUGCAGCCACAACAGCAGUACCUACUCAACCAAAAUCUUCAAGGUGCAAUCAGUACAACCGUCAUCAUCCAGGUGAUUGUUUUGUCUGCUUGAAGUGCAAGAAAAAGGGACAUACUGCUAGUUACUGCAGGAGCAGAACACCUGCAACAGUCGAUCAACAAACCAAUAAUGGGACAGGCCGUGGUGAAGGAAUAAAAUGCUACGAGUGUGGGGAGGUUGGCCAUAUCAAGAAAGAAUGUCCAAAGUUAAGGAGUCAAGGAGGCAUAGGGCAUGGCAGGGCAUUUAUGAUCGGAAUCAGAGAGGCUAUCCAGGACCCUUUGGUUGUAUCUGAAAUCGCUAUUGGUCAAACUGAGAAAACACGUGAAAUCCUAGAAAACUGUCUGUUAACUCUUAAUAACUACCUUUUUCACGUCAACCUCAUGCCAAUGCCUAUCGGUAGUUUUGAUGUCAUAAUUGGCAUGGAUUGGUUAUCUUCACACCGCGCCGAAAUUCUCUAUCAUGAGAAAGCCAUACGACUACCCUUACCAAAUGGCGAAGCCCUGAUUAUCUAUGGUGAUAAGUCUGGGAAAAACCUCAAAGUCAUCUCUUGUACCAAGACACAGAAAUAUCUACAUAAGAAAUGUAGCGCAUUCUUAGCUCGCAUUGUAGAUAAGAGAAGAAAGAUAAAAGAAAUCAAGGACAUACCUCAAGUAUGUGAUUUCCCUGACAUAUUUCCUGAAGAUUUACCUGGAAUACCUCCCGUCCGACAAGUCGAGUUUCAAAUCGACUUAAUUCCAGGAGCAGCACUAGUAGCGAAAUAUCCUUAUCGGUUGGCUCCAUCUGAAAUGCAAGAAUUGUCUAGCCAACUACAAGAACUUCUUGAGAAAUGCUUUAUCCGACCAAAUAACAUCUUGCCUAAUGAACAAGAAAAAUCUGAUUCACAAGAGCUAGAGUUAAAAGAUGAAGAAUUUAAUCCAGAAAGAGAUUUAGAGGAGCUGGAAAGGCUGCUAGCAGAGAGGUCGGGCGAAGAACGAGAACAAGUAGAAUAA